GUACCAAGGUCGCUGGAUGGAUCUACUUGCUAAUUUUAAUGACUUAGAAGAGUGUUUAAUAUCCGAUGAUCUUUUCGAAAAUUACUUCAAUUAUUUCCUGUCGCUUCCGGUUUUUUCGCUUAAGUUACAGUACAAUAGACUAAGUGGUGAAUUUACCCUCACGGAUUCGCAUGAACUUGAUACCAAAGAGUCAUCACGUUUGGGUCUUUCGGAAGAAGAUCGAGAACGCGUUAUUAAAUGGGCUGAGUCGGAACGUCUUCCAUACUUUAUGCGGAGCGAUAUUUACAGGGAACUACUACUAUGCAAGUUCUUGAUAGCCCCACUUGAAAUGAAUACUGAUCUCAUCGAUUAUUGGGAGCCGUUCAGUGCAGAUUUAGCUAGCACUUUAGGUUGUCAUCCUGGAGUUAGUAGGCAUACUUAUACUUCCUGGACGACAGAUCUCAGCACUUAUGAUGAUGAAACAGAAAGCAGUUAUGAUUACAAUUCUGAAAAAGUUAGUGAAGUUUGCUUGGUCCGAGUGUAUAUAUGAGGAAAUGCUGUGAUUUUUAAUGAACUAUACUGAUGACCGACACUCGUUAGCUUUACGUAGGUUUAUAUCAGUUUGUUGAAAUAGCUCUCAUUUAAGGAAUUUUUCUUCAGCCUACGGUGAUACGUUAUUAAAAAUAAAUACCUGGCACUAUUUUUUAAGCUUUUAGUACGGUGACGACAUACUUUCCCUCUGAAUGACUAAGUAUUAGUUGCUUUCAUGAAUAACACUGGUAGAGGAUUUCACCGUGUUACCGUGUCAUGUCAAGAAUUAGCUUCGGUACUCAGAUGUUUUUUUUCGUUUGCAAAUCCUUUCAUAAUGCCUAAUCACCCAGUCAAAUGUAAUUGGUAAUCACUAUAGAAUCUGGCAAUAACGAAGUCCAACUCAAACACAACCAUCAAACUAAACUACUUAAAAAUCUAAACUAAGAAGAGUUAUUUAUUUUUUGGACACUAAUAAGGUAAAAAAAAGUGCUACGUAGUUGCGAAAUGGCUGUCCUGAUUAUUUCAUAUAUCAUUAUUACUUCUAGUGAUUACAAAUAAUACUUUUGCACAGAAAUAAUUUGAAAAUCUGGAUUUCCUUAAUGUAUUCUGUAUCUUAUCCGUGAGUUUAUCUAGUGUUUCCCCAUUUCCGGAUUGAGCAUAAAAUCCGUACUAUCGAAAUCCUGAAAGUGUACUUCAUCAGAUAAUCCGUACCAUCCAUAUUCAAACAUUCUUCACCAGAAUCUCCGUGGACUGUUGAAAGUCAUUCCCAUGAUAACAUAUUACCCCCACAAACUGAAAAGAUCUCAUAUUCGGACAAUAAAUACCUUCAUCCAAUAAUUUUUGAGCAGUCUGUCUCGUUGGAGAAUGUUUGGAAUCCUUAUUUUGCAUCAAAAAUGUGUUCACACUCUUCAUUAGUUUAUCUAUUGUUACGGUAGUAAUGGAGUUAUCAACAGUUUUUAACACCUUGACGAAAUUGUCCUUCUAACCGUCAGAACGAAUGUCUUUGGGAGCAACAAACAAAUGUUUUCAACCUAUCUCAUCCAACGAGGUAGAAACUUCAUUUGUAGUAAUAUGAGAAUCACAAUUAGUCAC